AUGGAGACAGAGAUGGGAGGGGAGGCUGCCCUGCCAUCAACACCGUCACAACACGCCCCAUCGCUACCGCAACACAAUGUGGGUGCCCGGCCCGAGGUCACCGUCCCCACUAUUGCUGGGGUGUCAUGGAGUCUGCUGACUGAGGCUGCCAGCAAGGGCCACGAGCACCUGCUGUCUCACUUACUGCAGGCAGGGUUAAGCAUAGAAGGUGGAGGCAAAACUGAAGAGAGACCGCUGAUGAUGGCUGCCAUCCGUGGCCACGCCCAUACAGUGAAGGCGCUGCUGGACCUCCGUGGUAACCCUCUGGCCAUGGAUAGUAGAGUCACCCCUCCCACUCCUGCACACCUCGAGGCAUACACCCCGGUGCACGUCGCUAGUUAUGGUGGCCACGUGGAGGUACUGGAGCAGCUGGCAGGUGCUGGCUGGCCCCUCACCGCCAGGAACAGUGAUGGCAACACACCCAUGCACUUUGCUGCGGCCGGGGGUAGGGUGACAUGUGUGCAGUGGCUGUUGCAGCGAGGCGGUGACACAAGCAUGCAAAAUAAUGCUGGACUCACCCCGCUUGACCAGGUAGGCAGUGGGGAGGGGCAGGAGGGUGGACGUAUGCAAACUGUCUUACGAUCUGGUUCAAAGUUUAACAGAUAG